GCCCCGGGAGCCGGAGGCGGGGAUGGUGGUGGGCAGCGCCUGGGGGGUUGGAGGCUCCCCGCCAGCUGUGCGCCGGGCAGAUGUUUGGCAGUAGCCCCCAGCACUGCCGCAGCUGGUGGCCCCGAUCGCGCCUGCUUUCUCUGCGGGGCAAACUUUUGCAAAGGAAACCCUCGACUUCUGCUGCUGCUGCGGGUCACCGAGCCCAGCUUCGCUCUGGCCGCGGCGCGCCUCGACCCGCCUCCGGAUUUGCUUUGGGCAGGUCGACCGGCGGGCGCUCAGCCGGUGGAUCCCUCGAUCCCGGGCCAUAGCGAGCAGCCCUGCAGAAAAGCAGGAGCCAGCCGGGGCUGUCCGAUGGAGGAAGCGGCGGUGGCGGGCGACGAGGGGCAGGGGGCUGUCCAGAAGAGGAAGGCCUGGGCCAAAAGCCGAGACUCCUGGCAAGCGUCGGAGGCCGAGCGGCUCUCGCCAGAAGCGCCCAAGCUGAAUCCGGAGCGGGAAGGAGGCAAUAUCCCAAAUGAAAAGAUUGCAAUAUGGCUUAAAGAUUGCAGAACGCCACUGGGAGCCUCUUUGGAUGAGCAGAGCAGCCUCACUUUAAAGGGCAUGCUGGUGAGAAAUGGAGGAAGUUUUGAAGAUGACUUAUCCCUGGGAGCUGAAGCUAAUCAGCUGCACCAAGGUGGUGAACAAAUGGAAAUCUGUAACGGCGUGUUGGCGAAGGACAAGAGGCUUCAGUUUCAUCAGAAGGGCCGAAGCAUGAAUUCUACUGGCUCUGGGAAAAGCAGUGCAACCGUUUCAAGUGUGUCUGAACUACUAGAACUGUACGAGGAGGAUCCAGAAGAGGUUCUCUACAAUCUCGGGUUUGGCCGCGAUGAACCAGAUAUUGCUUCUAAAAUCCCAUCACGGUUUUUCAACUCGGCAUCGUUUGCCAGAGGAAUCGAUAUCAAAGUGUUUCUGAAUGCCCAGCUGCAACGCAUGGAAGUAGAAAAUCCAAAUUUUGCUUUGACAAGUCGCUUUCGUCAGAUUGAAGUGCUCACUACGGUGGCCAAUGCGUUCUCUUCCUUAUACUCGCAAGUCUCUGGCACCCCGUUGCAGAAAAUCGGGAGCGUGAACUCGACAGCUCCCGUCAAAGAGGCCGCCAGCCCGCCGCCUCUCAACCGAAGCAACACGGCCAGCCGUCUGAUGAAGACCUUAUCGAAGCUCAACCUCUGUGGGAACCAGCAGGCCGGGGAAGCGGGCAGCUGUUCAACGCCUUCACCGGUCGAAAAGGAGAAAUCCGAAAACGGACCGCUCGAGGACGCCGAUGCUAAAAAUGAACCCAAGACCCCAAAGCACUUCAAGACCUCUUUGCUGGCGACGGUAAAAGAGGAGGCACCUAGCAACCAACCCGGCACCGUGGACGGUCUUCAGGCUUCUGAACUUCCUUCUGGAGCGAACGUUGCAAAAGGAAUGCAGGAGGACCGCACGCCUUGCGGAGAUCAGCAAAACAGCAGCUCCUUUGGUCGUGCAGAUGGACACAGCGAGCAAGCUUCCGCUACGGACUCCACCGGUCUCAAGAACAAAGUACCAGACUCAGCCCCUUGUGGCCUUGAGGGUAGCUCUGAGCUGCCGGUGCUUCUCGAGUCCCCACCGGAUAAAGAACCCUGUGCUCCAAUCGCAAACCCGUCCAUUGUCAGCCUCAUGCUACAGCAGAAGGAUUCCUUUGAGAUGGAAGAGAUCCAAAGCACUGAGGGAGAGAUCCCUCAUACUCCUAGCACAUGCCAGCUGGCCUUAGCGAAAACGAAAAAAGAUCAGCUGUUACGAUCUGCAAGCCAGCACUCUGACAGCAGCGGCUUUGCUGAAGAUUCCUCCACCGACUGCUUCUUGCUCAACCAGCUGCAGGGACACGAGUCCUUGCAGGCCAUGGGGAGCAGCGCUGACAGCUGUGACAGCGAAACAACAGUUACGUCGUACAGUGAAGAACUCAAAACACCAAUAGCCGAACAUCCAUCCUAUUUCAGUGAACUGGAUGAGGAGAAAUUCCUUCUUUCAGAAGCAGAGCAACAAAUGGGGGAGGUAGUUUCUGAGGCAAAUGUGGGAGAAGGUGAGAACAUUCCAGAAUGCAAGGCCAGUCAGACUGAACCUGAAGAAGAUGCAGAGUUCAGCCAAGGAAGUUUCCUGAGAAAAAACGAGGACGUUCCUGCAGAGCAGGUUGCGUUUGAAGUACUGGAAGAAGACAGCGAAGAAGGUGAUUUAGAUGAAAGCAGUGAGUGUGAAUUCCCUCAGUAUACAACUCACCACAUUCUCAAAUCUAUGUCCUCUAUAGAAAGCGCCAGCUCAGCCCCUUCCUCCGCAGACAGGGUUAACGUUGCUUUGGAAAGAGCCCAGAAGAAGCUCAGCAGUUCAUCUGAUCCUAGAGCUGGACGCACCCUGCUAAAAUCCAAAGACCUUCUUUUCAAGCACAGGCAUCGGAUGGCUAACCUCAGCUAUCCCCUCCGGCGCUCCCAGUCCCUUCCCACUACGCUACUAAACCCCGUGAGAGUUGUCUCCUCCAUGAAUGUCCAGCUAAAUCCAGGAAAACAGACUCUGUGCAGCCCGCCUUCCUUUACUUACAAAUACGACACGCCUGAGGAAGAGGAGAGGAGAAACUGCGAAGAAGUGAAAUCCCUUGGGGAGGCCCGUGACAGUCCUCCUCAGUGCAAAUCCACACUUUUUAUUGCUACUUCACCCGUUAGGAAAGGAACGUCUCUGCCUGGAGGGAGCAAGGUGGUGGAUGAGCCCUGCCGGAACAGGAUCCACAGCUGCCCUUUGCACCUCCCGGCCCACUUGUCCCAGUCAUCGUGUUCCCUCCAUUCUCUUCAUUCCGAUUGCCUAGAGAGGCCCCUGUGCGCUCACGCGAGAACGUUCAGUACACACAGCAUCCCGAGUACCCCCGGGUCCAGCUGCAGCGGCUUGCCUUCUCCUUUCAGCUGUCCUUACUCCUUCAGGAACCCGGGCCGCUCCCACCAGCCGCAGCCUGCGCAUUCCCCUUCCACGGUUGAAAUGCAGCUUAGGAGAGUCUUGCAUGAUAUCCGAAGCUCUUUGCAAAACUUGUCGCAGAAUGCUGUUAUGAGAGGUCAUGACAUUACAACUCCAUCUUACAAUACUCAGAGAUCAUCUGUUCUACCUCUAUAUGAAAAUACAUUCCAAGAUCUUCAGGUUGUACGGAGAAGCCUCAAUCUCUUCAGGACGCAAAUGAUGGAUUUAGAAUUGAACAUGUUGCGCCAGCAGACGACUGUUUACCAACACAUGACUGAAGAAGAGAGGUACGAAGCUGAUCAGCUCCAGACAUUGAGGAAAUCUGUCCGGAUGGAGCUUCAGGAAUUAGAAAUGCAACUGGAGGAACGCCUCCUCACUCUCGAAGAGCAGCUUAGGAAUUUACACGUGUCGUCACCUUACAGACCACAAACGCCCAUGGGCAUGUAUGGAAGCAGAAGCACCGAUAACUUGUCGUGCCCUUCUCCACUGAAUGUGAUGGAGCCGGUUUCUGAACUCAUUCGAGAGCAGUCGUUUCUGAAGUCAGAGCUGGGAUUGGGGCUGGGAGAACUUGGGAUGGAGACCACUGUAGGAGAGAGUUCAGAAUCUUUCGACCAUGGGAAUUCAGAUUCCUCGUCGGUGUGCUCUAGUCAAGCCAGCCGAAAAGCUGGCAGGCGUUCAUCCGAGACAACUGUCAGGUCCAAACUCCAGAGCAAGAAAGUCUACCGAGCCUGUGUUGCCUUGAUGCCCACUCCACCGGCAAGACCAGGAGCUACACAAACCCCUGAAUCUUCUGAGGAGCCCACAACCUCGAAACCGGAGGCUGAAACAAAACUUGACAAGGGGGUUCUUGCACCUCCUGCCGAGGAAGUUCAUAGAAACAGGGAGACCGAUGAACUGCAGCAAGUCAUCCGAGAGAUCAAGGAAUCUAUUGUAGGUGAAAUCAGACGGGAAAUUGUAAGUGGCCUGUUAGCCGCCGUCUCUUCCCCAAACCGAGGAAGCGCUAAGGCAGAAACACAGCCAUGAGUUGGUACCACAGGUUGGCACGUGUUCCGAGGUCAUUGUAGAACGUGUGGAUGAAAUGGUUUGUCUGUGCUCUAAGAGGAUGAAAGAGAAGACCAUUGCAUACAAUCUUCACUCGUGUGCUGCAUCGUGUCUCCCUUCAGGUCCACACGCCACAGUUGCGAGAGUCCUCAUCUUUACUACUACUGCCCAGGAAUCAUCAUGAGAACUCUGGCUAUCUUCCAAGUCCGAAUAUUUAUUUGUCUGUUUUCCUACUGUCCUUUUGUGCAGAGUUUUUUUUUUUUCUGUGUCGAGCUGCGUUCUUCAUAAAACUUGAAGGUUUCUGAACCCACCCCGGUUAUGAAUAGCCUAGAAUUGUCCCAUGUACUUAAUUUUUUUAAGAAACCCACUGACCUCUGUGAGGUAUUUAACUGUGCAAUAACUGAUUCACUCUGAGAGCUUGAAACAACCAAUAAAAUUUUUUUCACUGCUGUUACUUAGUGCCACUUCGAAAACAAAGAGAAUAACCUGUUGUAAAAAAAAAAGAAAAAAAUUGCUGUUUUCUCUGGGGAGAAGCUGCUGUUUGCAAUGACUUUCAAGAAUUAAAUGAACUUACCUGCGAAGAAAAGCUACUACAGAUGCUUACACUGAAAGCCUUAUCUCUGUGCCAUAGAUAACCAUUUAAAAAUGUGUUGCUUCCUUUUAAUGCUCUUUUUCCUUGGGGUCGUGCCUUGUCGUUUAAGAAAUGUUUUAAUAUAUAAAUGGACGGCUUCUCGGCUUUACCGGGGGGAGGUCUUUUCCUCCUCUUAAAAAGUCUAUAAAACACUAGUGUAAAACAAAGAAAUGGUUGUGUAUAACUUGAAGUGGAUUGAUCACUUUGAACGGGGUGUUAGGAGGAACUUGGCUCUUAUUUCCCUGACACUUUCCCUAAGGUUUUACUAGAGCCCAGGGCAAGGUGGCAUCGAUUUGCAAUAAAUAAGAUUGGAAAUAGGCAGGGUUUUAGUACAUGUGUGUUUUUUUGUCCACAGGACGCUCAGAUAGUUGAAAUAUAACAAUAUUGGAAUGCCACUGGGAUUCCUUAAGGUGUUUGUUCGUUUUUAGCUAAUAAAAAAUAUUUUAAGAUUGUAUGUGUAUUAAUGACUAGUACAUGUAUAAACAACAAUAUUGUAUGGGAAAAAGUAUGUCCAAAGAUUUAUAAGUGCGUUUGGAAUACACCUAAGGGCUGAUACUCUUUUUAAAAGGGGCUGCUAGGCCAAUAAAAUAUUUAUUUUGCCUACAA